AUGCCAGAACAUGAAGCUUUUUGGGCCAGAUUUAAAAAAUCAGGAGAGACACUUGGUUGGGUGAUGAUCGGCACUGUGUCUCAAACUAUGACUGAAUUUGUAUCUGGAACUAUGUGGAUAGUACCACGUCAAAUAGAUAACGAAAACCACGCAAGAAGUACAUCUUUGGAAAGUGAAAUUAUGUCUAGACAUUUCGAGUAUAGUAAAUGCAUGGCUGAUAUUGUCCAAUUUAGCAAAAAAUUCAAAACCAAUGAUAAACAUUAUGUAAAAGAAUUUCUUGAUGGUAUGGAAAAAGAAAAGAGAAGUGAAGAAAUAGUUAGAAUUAAUGAUUGUAGAAGCCUUACUAAAGAUUGGUGGCGUUUGGUUGCCAAGUAUAGCGAGCACUUUGGAAUAGAUGAGGAAAGUAAACCUAAAUAUGCAGAAAGAUAUAGAUUAUUUAAAAGUCUAGUUGAACCUUUGGAUCGUCUGAAAGACCGGAACGACUUGUUAGACAACAAGUUGUAUGGUUAUGGCAUGGACUUGGAAAAGAUGACCAAAAAAAAGUAA